AUGACACAUGGGAUUGGGACAGUAUUGGUUUCCCCGGACAAGCAAUAUAUACCUUUCACGGCUAGGUUGUGUUUCGACUGCACAAACAAUAUAGCGGAGUACGAGGCAUGUGCCCUUGGGAUCCGAGCAGCGAUCGACUUUAGGGUCAAGUUACUCAAGGUAUAUGGGGACUCGGCAUUGGUAAUUCAUCAGUUGAAAGGUGAAUGGGAGACCAGAGACCACAAAUUGGUGCCUUACCAGUCUUACGUCAGGAAAUUGAUGGAACUCUUUGAUGACAUAUCAUUUCAUCACAUUCCUAGAGAAGAAAACCAGAUGGUCGAUGCCCUUGCUACUCUAUCGUCCAUGUUCAAAGUGAGCCCUCACGGAGAUUUGUCAUACAUCGAAUUCAGAUGUCAUGUUGAGCCUGCACAUUGCUGUUUAAUACAAGAGGAGAAGGAUGGUAAACCUUGGUACUUCGAUAUCAAAUGA